AUGUACAGUACGGUUCCAUUCACUCCCUAUGCUCAUCUACCCGGAAGCACAACUGGUCAGGCUUUACAGUAUGCACCGAUUCAUCCUAUGGCACAAAUGGGAGUAUUCCCAAAUAACUAUUCCACUGGCAUGAUUACACGUAAAAAUCGACGUGAACGAACAACUUUCAGUCGGCAACAAUUAGAAAUUUUAGAAAAUCUUUUUGCGACAACGCAUUAUCCUGAUGUCUUCACACGUGAGAAGAUUGCUAACCAAAUACAAUUACAGGAGAGUCGUGUGCAGGUAUGGUUCAAAAACCGACGAGCAAAGCAUCGUCAGCAAGAGAAACAAAAACCCAAGAAAAAUGUCACAACUAAUCAAAAAUCCAAUAAUAUGCCUGCAACUUCGCAGUCAAAUCAACAGAGAACGAAUCCUACGCAGUCACCUGAAAGGCAACAUAAUACAUCACAAUCGGAGACUUUUGGACAGAUCGCGAGUGAACCAGAAUCAAAGUUGAUAAAAUUUAUUGCUUAUUACUUCAAUUUUGAAAUAUUAGAAGUGUUAAAGUUAAGAACGAUUGCGCUAAUGGCUGAGCGCAUCUUUUUCGCGCCAAGAGACAGAAACUGGCGUAAUGGACCUCGCAAGUGCAAUCCAGUUCAUGGUACUCUCCAUUCAGUUUAA